CCUGCUGCCGCUGUCUGCUGCUAUCAGUGAAGCCAGCCAGGCCUCCCCAGGGAUUGCACCACUGCUACACUGUGACACACCAGUGCAUACUUCUCCUUUGAGCGGCAGAGUCGCGCAACGCAGUAGGAGGGUUCAUACCACAGCACGGCCCCCCCUUAGAUAGAGUCGUGACACUAACUGACCUGCCACCAACUCAGUCACACAUACACAGACACUACAGUGCCUGCGGAGAGGAGAACCUGAAGAAAUCCUAAGAACUGACAAAGCCACGGAGGAAUGUGUUAAGUUCACUCUGAAGAGACUUCCGGUUGAAGGCUGGCGAGUCGUCUACAUCAAAGCUAACGUCGUACUUUGAAGGGAAAAAAUAUAUAUCAAAGGAAACAAGGAAUAUUACUGCUGGGAUCCCAAUUGGCAAAGACAUGAAAGGAAGACGAGGACGCAAUCUUGUUUUCUCGCUUUGGAACAUUACAUCUUAUUGCCCCUGCAAGGUAUAAUUCAGUGAGUUGUACUGUGAAAAAGAUGGACAUUUAUGAGAAGCUACACGCCAGAGCUUUUCAUUGUGGAACCAUGCUGUAAACCGUACAGCUUUAUAGAGUAUUUUCUUGCCUUUGCUGCCCCGCUUGGAACUCCGUGAGUGGACAGACGGAGACCACGACGGUUCCCAUCGUCGCUGUGAGGAUAUUCGGUUUUGGAAGAUGUCUGCUAAUGUCCAUCUGGAGCACCAAAGGAAGGCUAACCUGAAAGCCGGACAUCUGGUGCCCACUGUGACGUUGGUCAGUCGCAGAGAGUUGAGGGCUAAAGACCGUCACAGAUGCCUCGAUCCGAAGUCAACAGUCCACUACGGAUGUAGUGAAGGUAGCAGAGUGCAGAAGGUUGGAACAAUGCCAGAUUCACCUGCGGAUGUGAAAACCCAGCCCAGGUCCACCCCACCCACCAUGCCUCCUCCACCCCCGGCUGUCAGCCAAGCAACCAGCCGUAAUGCCUCCUUCACCCCCACCACCAGUAAAUCAAUGCUAAACGGGAGCAGCCACUCUCCCACCUCGCUGAACGGCGCCCCGUCCACGCCGAACGGCUUCAGUAACGGGCCGGCCAUGUCGUCCACGUCCUCGCUCUCCAACCAGCAGCUCCCGCCGGCCUGCGGCGCCCGGCAGCUGUGCAAGCUGAAGCGCUUUCUGACCACGUUGCAGCAGUUCGGCAACGACAUCUCGCCCGAGAUCGGGGAGCGAGUGCGCAGCCUCGUGUUGGGGCUGGUGAACUCAACACUAACCAUUGAAGAGUUUCAUUCCAAACUUCACGAAGCUACCAACUUCCCUCUAAGGCCUUUCGUCAUUCCCUUCCUGAAGGCUAACUUGCCCUUGCUGCAGAGGGAGUUGCUGCACUGUGCCAGGCUGGCCAAGCAGACGCCGGCGCAGUACCUGGCCCAGCACGAGCAGCUCCUCCUGGACGCCAACGCCAGCUCGCCCCUGGAUUCCUCCGAGAUCAUGAUGGAGAUGAACGAGCACGGCAAGAGAAGGACCCCUGACAGGACCAAAGACUCCUCGGACAGAGACGGCCUGCACCCCGAGCACCUGGCGAAGAGGCCCUGCACCAUAAGCCCCAACCAGCGCUUCAGUCCCAGCACGGGCCUCCCCGCUCACCCGCCUCCCAACGGCCUGUCCACACACCCCCCCAACGGACUGCCGCACGCACCCAACCAUCAAAUGGCCCCCCAGCACUACCGCCUGGAGGACAUGGCGCUGGCGCACCAGUACAGAGACGCCUACAGACACAACGAACACCGGGACGGCCGAGAGAGGCACCGACCAACAGCGGCGCACGGGGCCCGCCAAGAGGAAGUGAUUGACCACCGUCUAACAGAUCGAGAGUGGGCGGAAGAAUGGAAGCACCUCGAUAAUCUGCUAAACUGUAUCAUGGACAUGGUGGAGAAGACGCGGCGCUCUCUGACCGUGCUGCGACGCUGCCAGGAGGCCGACCGAGAGGAGAUGAACCAUUGGAUACGGCGCUACAGCGACGUUGAGGAGAUGAAAAAAGGUGGGAGCAACGGACAGCACUGCCUUCCUCCUCCUCCUCUUCCUCCUACUCCUCACCACAACUCCUCCUCCAACACAGCUAGCAGCAGUGAGACUCUGUCCAAAGGAGCUUCCUCGGCUGCUGAAAGGCAGACGGGCAGGCAGACAGAGAUCCACAGAGACUUUCUACACAGACCUCCAUCGGGAUACCUGCCAGAGGAAAUCUGGAGAAAAGCUGGUACUACAAGCAUCCCGCUCUCCCCAGCACUAAAGCACCUCCAAAACAAGCAGGAAGAAGCCGUGAAUGAAGUGAAGCGACAGGCCAUGUCGGAGCUGCAGAAGGCCGUGUCAGACGCCGAGAGGAAAGCUCAUGAGAUGAUUUCGGCGGAACGCUCGAAGAUGGAGAGGGCGCUGGCCGAGGCCAAGAGGCAAGCCUCUGAGGACGCGCUAACUGUCAUCAACCAACAGGAGGACUCCAGUGAAAGCUGCUGGAACUGCGGGAGGAAAGCCAGCGAAACGUGCAGCGGCUGCAACACGGCCCGCUACUGCGGCUCCUUCUGCCAACACAAAGACUGGGAGAGGCACCACCACGUCUGCGGUCAGGGCCUGCAGGGUAUGCCGGGGGCCAGCGGCGUCCCCCUCGGCACCUCGUCCUCAUCCGGCGGGGCGCCACCGACUCACUCGGAGGGCACCGCCCCGGGUCCGCUCUCGCUGGCGGCGGGCCAGAUGGCGGCCUCCGGCGGCGGCGGCGGGAGCAUGUCGGCCAGCCCCAAGGAGAGCAGUUCAAGCAGUGCCUCGCGCUCCACCACCCCGGCCACACCCGCCCUGCUGGACGCCACGUCUCGCUGACCCCCCCUCGACCGCCCUCCACGCAAAACCAAACUGAGGAAUCUUCGUCGCACAUUGGCCCCUUUUCCUCCUUUCCUCCAUUUUUUUCUGAAAAACCGGUUACCCCUGGCUACCACCCCCCGUUCCCCCCGUUUGAGUGUCGUCGUGUAAAGUGAUAAGUGACAUGUUUGCUGAGAACUCGACUAAAACGAAAGCACGGUCAAUUAAGAUAAGAGCUGUGGCGAGGCAUCAUCCUCCACGGGGGUAAGACAGGACCAAUUAGCACUUCAAGUCCCUUUUAAUUACGCACCAGUGAUAACAGUACUUAAAUCCGUCACCAGGAAAGGGUCUCCGAAUAGGGUGAAAACCUGCGAUGCAAUUACCUCCUCACGAAACUCAACUUAGUAGUUACGAAGCAUCUCUUCUAUUUUUCUGGCUUUAAAAGGGGGGGAGAAAAAAACAAAAACAAAGACAAGUCCAAAUAGUCUAAAACAAGAGAACGUUUUAAACUGCUAACUACCUUGCUAGCGAGCCAAGAAAAAAAAAAAAAAUCUACGCCGGACUCACCUCUCUGAACCCAAAUGAAUUCAAAGAUGAAGAACACACACAAAAAAAAAACCUUUGUAUUACACUGCCAAAGUAAGUGAUUAGGAGAAGCACUCAUAACCAAACGCAAAGCAACAUCACCUCCUCAGCAGAUAAGGCAGGCCGAGCGAGAGCGAGCGAGCGAGAGAGAGAGAGAGAGUGCAGCCGCCUUCUUCUGCACCGUGGACGAGACUUCAGCGAACCCUCCAGCGAUGACUAUUGAACUAUGGACGCCGCUGCGAAACGGACCGAGGCCUCACCACAAUAAGAGUUGGGUGAGCGGAACAGGAAGGGGAAAUCUACACGGACUCAGCCGAGAUAAAAGUCGCUUCAAUGUAGCUACCAAAACCCUGUGUUACGUGUCGGACUUAAAGGAAUCCAGCAGGGGUCAGCGUCUCUUUCGGUCAGUAAAACUGUCCUUUUGAUGAAUGGGAAUUGGAAAAAAAACCAAUAACAAAAAUAAUUGAUUUACUUGAUUUUUUUAUUUUAUUUUGAAAUACAAAAAAAGUAUUGAAAAACAAAGGUUUUGUUUUUUUUUGCAUCAAAAAGCAAUAAUUUGGAUUAAUCAUGAUUGCAUGGUUUCAAUGAAUUUACAAAAUAGCCCAAUAUUUGGAUACAAAUGCAAUUUAUUUUUAGAAUGGGAAUUGAAAAAAUUUUUUAAAAAAUUAAUGAUUUACUUGAUUUUUUAUUUUAUUUUGAAAUACAAAAAAAGUACUGAAAAAAAAAGGUUUUGGGGUUUUUUUGCAUCAAAAAGCAAUAAUUUGGAUUAAACAUGAUUGCAUGGUUUCAAAUAAUUUACAAAAUAGCCCAAUAUUUGGAUACAAAUGCAAUUUAUUUUCAGAAUGGGAAUUGGAAAAAAAAAAAAAAAUUAUUGAUUUACUUGAUUUUUGUUUUAUUUUGAAAUACAAAAAAAGUAUUGAAAAACAAAGGUUUUGUUUUUUUUUGCAUCAAAAAGCAAUAAUUUGGAUUAAUCAUGAUUGCAUGGUUUCAAUUAAUUUACAAAAUAGCCCAAUAUUUGGAUACAAAUGCAAUUUAUUUUUAGAAUGGGAAUUGGAAAAAAAACAACAACAACAAAAAUAAUUGAUUUACUUGAUUUUUUUAUUUUAUUUUGAAAUACAAAAAAAGUAUUGAAAAACAAAGGUUUUGUUUUUUUUGCCUCAAAAAGCAAUAAUUUGGAUUAAUCAUGAUUGCAUGGUUUCAAUUAAUUUACAAAAUAUCCCAAUAUUUGGAUACAAAUGCAAUUUAUUUUUAGAAUGGGAAUUGGAAAGAAAAAAAAAUUAUAAAUUAUUGAUUUACUUGAUUUUUGUUUUAUUUUGAAAUACAAAAAAAGGAUUGAAAAACAAAGGUUUUGGGUUUUUUUGCAUCAAAAAGCAAUAAUUUGAAUUAAUCAUGAUUGCAUGGUUUCAAUUAAUUUACAAAAUAGCCCAAUAUUUGGAUACAAAUGCAAUUUAUUUUUAGAAUGGGAAUCGGAAAAAAAAAAAAUAAUAAAUAAAAUAAUUGAUUUACUUGAUUUUUUAUUUUAUUUUGAAAUACAAAAAAAGUAUUGAAAAACAAAGGUUUUGUUUUUUUUUUGCAUCAAAAAGCAAUAAUUUGGAUUAAUCAUGAUUGCAUGGUUUCAAUUAAUUUACAAAAUAGCCCAAUAUUUGGAUACAAAUGCAAUUUAUUUUUAGAAUGGGAAUUGCAAAAAAAAAAAUGGUUUACUUUAAUUUGAAUUUGAAAUACAAAAAAAUAAUAAUUGAAAAACACAGCAGGGGUUUUUUUCCACGAUAAAAAGGAAUAUCUAUACCUAGAUAUUAUAAUUCAUAUAGCAAAAAACAAAAGUCAGCGAAAAUGAAAAAAUGGACCAAAACCAGAUUUGUUUUUUAGUGCUGUCAAAAUGAAACAAAUUUAAAUCAGAUUAAUCACACUUUAGAAUUGGAAUUACUCGUGAUUAAUCACAGAUUUUUGGUCGCUUGUAUAGUUGAAAUGAAUUGACAAAAUAGCCCAAUAUUUGGAUACAAAUGCAAGUUAUUUUCAGAAUGGGAAUUGUAAAACAAAAACUGGUUAACAUUCAUUUUAAUUUGAAAUACAAAAAAAAUAAAAAUAUAGAAUUUUUCAUGUCAAAAGCAAUAACUAUUUCUAGGUAUUACAAUUCAUAUAGAAAAAACAAAAAUGAGCAAUCAGCAGAGAAACAUUUUUUUUAGUGCUGUCAAAUUAUGAUAAUUUUUUUUCAAAAUCAGAUUAAUCACACUUUAGAAUUAGAAUUACUCCUGAUUAAUCACAGAUUAUUACUUACACUUUGAUUUAGAUUUAGACAAACUUUAUUGAGCCACAAGGGAUGUUGUUUCAUACAGUAGCUCGGAAAGGAUGGAAAAGUUAAGGAUGGAAAGGAUAAUGCACACGCGGGCACAAAAAGAGGGCGAAAACGAAAGGUAAAACACUUACAUAGUUUAAAUUAUUAUCCAAAAGAGUCCAAUAUUUGGACACAAAUGCAAUUUUACUGUCAGAAUGGGAAUUGAUAAAAAAAAAACAAAAAAAAAAACACCUUAAUUUAAAUAAUUACCUUAAUUUUAUUUUGAACUACAAAAAAACACAUUUUGAAAACAUGGGGUUUUUUUGCGUCAAAAAGCAUACAUAACUAGAUCUACAUUUUAUAUCUGACACAACAAAAAUAAAAAUCAUUAAUCAGCAGAAACUAAAAAAAAAUUGAAAAAAAAAUCAGAUUUGUUUUAGUGCUGUCGAAAAAAUAAAAUAAAAAAUCUGAUUAAUCAUACUUUAGAAUUGGAAUUGCUCCUGAUUAAUCACAGAUUAUUAGUCGCUUGUAUAGUUGAAAUUAUUUUACAAAAGGGUUCAAUAUUUGGACAUAAAUGCAAUUUUACUGUCAGAAUGGGAAAUGAUAAAAACAACAAAAAAACAACUAGUUUACCUUAAUUUUACUUUGAACUACAGAAAAAAAGACAUUUUAAAAACAUAGGGUUUUUUUGCGUCAAAAAGCAUACAUAACUAGAUCUACAUUGUAUAUCUGAUACAACACAAAUAAAAAUCACUAAUCAGCAGAAACUAAAAAAAAUGGAGAAAGAAAAUCUGAUUUUUUUUAGUGCUGUCGAAAAGAAAAGAAAAAAAUCAGAUUAAUCACACUUUAGAAUUGGAAUUGCUCCUGAUUAAUCACAGAUUAUUAGUCGCUUGUAUAGUUGAAAUUAUUUUACAAAAGAGUCCAAUAUUUGGACAUAAAUACAAUUGUAUUGUCAGAAUGGGAAUUGAUAAAAACAACUAAAAACAAAUAGUUUACCAUAAUUUAUUUUAACUUAAAAAAAAAAAGACAUUCUGAACACAGUUUUAUUUUCACGUCAGAAAGCAAUAACUAUAUAUGAUACAACAAAAAUAAAAAUCACCAAUCAGCAGAAACAAAAAAAAAUGUUUUUUGUGCUGUCAAAUUAUAAGUUUUU